UCAGGAGCUCUCAGGCUUGGACGUUGUAUUUAUUAAUUUAUAUUCCGCGGGGCCCUGUGCGGGCUGGCCCUUUGUAUCCCGCCUCCGCUGCCUGGGCUUGGGGGCCCCGGCGGGAGCGCGCCCCCGCGUCCGCCCUACCCUCAAGGCCAGCACGUGCUACGCCCGCCAGCCUGGCCGGCCGAGGGGGCGGAGGCCCCGGCUUUUUUCCUAAGCCACUGUCGGCCAGAAGGAGGAGCAGCAGCAGCAGAAGGCGACAGCUGCCCUGCCCAGAGAGCGCGGCGGAGAGGGGGCUGCAGCGCCCGGGCUCCUGGCCACUCUUAGCAGCGGCGGCGGCGGCGGCCGGGAGGCGGGGAGCGGCGGGCCGCUCGGGAUGUUCCCGGGCACUUCCUGACUGGUUGGCAGCGCGCACACGGCCCGACUCGCACGUCCCCGGCCCCCUUGUCGCUCGCUCGCUCGCGCGGGCCCGCUCUGCGUCGGCCGCGCCGCGGUGGAGGCGCGCGAGGGGGACGCGGCCGGGGAUGAGCUGAUUGCGGGUAAAUACGCCGUCGCCUGGCCCCGAGAGGCCGCGAGGAGCAGCUUUUCUCCGAGUCUCCGCCCUGCCCUUGGAUUUGAGAUCAUGUCCAUUCACAUCGUGGCGCUGGGGAACGAGGGGGACACGUUUCACCAGGACAAUCGGCCGUCGGGGCUCAUCCGCACUUACCUGGGGAGAAGCCCGCUGGUCUCGGGGGACGAAAGCAGCUUGUUGCUGAACGCGACCAGCACGGUCGCACGUCCGGUGUUCACCGAGUAUCAGGCCAGCGCUUUUGGCAAUGUCAAGCUGGUGGUCCACGACUGUCCCGUCUGGGACAUUUUUGACAGUGAUUGGUAUACCUCUAGAAACCUAAUCGGGAGUGCCGACAUCAUUGUGAUCAAAUACAACGUAAAUGACAAGUUCUCAUUCCACGAAGUAAAGGAUAAUUAUAUCCCAGUGAUAAAAAGGGCAUUAAAUUCAGUUCCAGUCAUCAUUGCCGCUGUUGGUACCAGACAAAAUGAAGAAUUACCUUGUACAUGCCCGCUAUGUACCUCAGACAGAGGGAGCUGUGUCAGUACCACUGAAGGAAUCCAACUUGCUAAAGAACUGGGAGCUACCUAUCUUGAACUACACAGCCUUGAUGACUUCUAUAUAGGAAAAUAUUUUGGAGGAGUGUUGGAGUAUUUUAUGAUUCAAGCCUUAAAUCAGAAGACAAGUGAAAAAAUGAAGAAAAGGAAAAUGAGCAACUCAUUUCAUGGAAUUAGACCACCUCAGCUUGAACAACCAGAAAAAAUGCCUGUCUUAAAGGCUGAAGCAUCACAUUAUAACUCUGAUUUAAAUAAUUUGCUGUUCUGCUGCCAGUGUGUGGAUGUGGUGUUUUACAACCCAGAUUUAAAGGAAGUUGCCGAGGCCCACAAGAUUGUUCUGUGUGCCGUAAGCCAUGUUUUCAUGCUCCUUUUCAAUGUGAAGAGUCCCGCUGACAUUCAGGAUUCCAGUAUCAUCCGAACUACCCAGGACCUCUUUGCUAUCAACAGAGACCCUGCAUUUCCAGGUGCUAGCCAGGACUCUCCAGGCAACCCACCAUUACGUGUCGUUGUCAAAGACGCCCUCUUCUGUUCUUGUUUGUCGGACAUUCUGCGCUUCAUUUAUUCAGGUGCUUUUCAGUGGGAAGAAUUGGAAGACGACAUCAGAAAGAAAGUGAAAGAUUCUGGAGAUGUUUCAAGUGUAAUUGAGAAAGUUAAAUGCAUUUUAAAAACACCAGGAAAGAUUAAUUGUCUAAGGAAUUGCAAAACUUACCAAGCCAGAAAACCUCUGUGGUUUUAUAACACUUCCCUCAAGUUUUUCCUUAAUAAACCAAUGCUUGCUGAUGUUGUCUUCGAAAUACAAGGUACAACGGUGCCAGCCCACAGGGCUAUCCUGGUGGCCCGCUGUGAAGUGAUGGCAGCCAUGUUUAAUGGGAACUACAUGGAAGCAAAGAGUGUUCUGAUUCCAGUUUACGGUGUUUCCAAAGAAACUUUCUUGUCAUUCUUAGAAUACCUAUACACAGACUCCUGUUGCCCAGCUGGCAUUUUCCAGGCUAUGUGUCUUCUGAUCUGUGCUGAGAUGUACCAGGUGUCCAGGCUGCAGCACAUCUGUGAGCUCUUCAUCAUCACGCAGCUGCAGAGCAUGCCUAGCAGGGAGCUGGCGUCUAUGAACCUGGAUAUCGUCGACCUGCUCAAAAAAGCCAAGUUUCACCACUCGGAUUGCCUUUCAACCUGGCUGCUUCAUUUCAUUGCUACUAACUACCUCAUCUUCAGCCAAAAGCCUGAAUUUCAGGAUCUUUCAGUGGAAGAACGCAGUUUUGUUGAAAAGCACAGAUGGCCUUCGAAUAUGUACUUGAAGCAGCUUGCGGAAUACAGGAAGUAUAUUCACUCCCGGAAAUGUCGUUGCUUAGUAAUGUAACCCGGAGCUUUUAUAUGCAUAUGCUUUUUAUUAUUAUUAUUAUUAUUAUUAUUAUUAUUAUUACUAUCAUUAUGAAGCAGAAGAAUGGGAUACCUCUGUGUUCCAGUAAAAUUCUGUGACUGAAACCAAUACGGGCGUUAAAAAAAAAUUACCAUACAGCUUAAUGUGUUUGUUAGUUCUCUGAAAAAAACUACUACUGUGAUCUUAAAAGGGAACAAAAUAGACCACAGGCUAAAACCAAGGCUUCACUAUCAUAGUAUGUAAAGCUGUCCUACAGCUUCUUUUUCCCUUUAAGAUGCCCUGUUGCUUUAGUAAUAUUAAUACCCCUCCCAGUUAAGUAAUGUUUAAACUUAAAAACAAAAUCAUGUAGUAUUAAUUAAAAAUGUUCACUAUGUCUGAUAAAUUGCUCUAUUAAAAUAAGGGGCAUUUUAAAGACCAAGUAUGACUAUUUCAAUAACAAAAAAUCUAGGGUAAAGCUGAUCAAUCUGAAAUCUUAGAAAUAGAAAUUUGCAUGGGAUUUUGAAAGUGAAACGCCACAUGGUUUCAAAUCAGUGACAGUAUUCAAACCAUCAUGAAAAAAAAUUUUUUUUUUUUAAUGUGGACUACCGAACUGAGCCACCUUGUCUCUUCUGUGGGAUUCUGAUUGGGCAGGAAACCUAAACAGGGCUGGCUUUAAGGCUGUGUAACUUGUGUUGUCACACAGGGCCCCGUGCUUGGUUCAAGGCUCUGCUCUUGCCAUUUUGAAAUUCUUAAUAAUGUUUAAAGAAAGGCCCUGCAUUUUCACCUUAUACUGGGCUCCCCAAAUUAUGUGUGUCUCCUAGCAGGAUAUGUACUAUAUUUUCUUGCUAACCACCAUUCUCACUGAAAGCAAAAAAGAGGCACUGACAUGGAGGGAACAGAAGGAGGCUUGCUGGAGGGAAGAGAUCACGAGGGGUUUCCCAACCUUGAGGACCUCUUGAGGGAGUGGAGGGUUACGAGGGGGGAUUCUCUGCUGCCACCUCAGCAGGCAAGGGAGACAUGCCUUGUGUUUACUCAGCUUUAAAACACUCACAGUUCUAGCUCUAUCACAGUGGAAGAAAUGCUUUCUUGCUCAUUCUAAAACCCGGAUGUUGGUAAAAGCGACUGACCAGUGUGAAUUUAAAACGCAUUUAUAAAGAUGCUCCUAGGAAGAGUUGCCUUCUAGAGAAAUUGUAAUCAGUGGCUUAAGAGUUUUUUGUUUCGUGUACUUACUAAGCUUAGGAGACCGGCGGCUUGAAUUGUUUGAAUUCUUUCUGAGGACCGCAAAGUUAUUUAAUGAGGAGUAGCAGGAAUCUUGUCGUUCAAGAUAACCCAGUAAGUUAAGAGAAAGGUUAUAAAUCAAAGACUCAGUACAUAGAGAGAAAAUGGUACUAGGAUAGAAUUAUAGUUUCUCUUGUAUCACAUGUCAACAGAAAUAAUUACAUUGGAAGCUUGUAAGCCGAGAGAUGGAAAACCAG